UCACUUCAGAGUAGUUCUCCUUCCUUCAGCAGGCCUGUGCAGCCGCAGACAGCAUGUCAAACUCGGACAGGGUUGUGUUAGCUCUGGGAGGAGCAGGCACAGUGGGCUCUGGGAUAGUUAAAGCACUGCUGGAUAAAGGUUUUAAAGUGGCCGUGAUCUCCAGGGACAACAGCCGGCUGGAGAGACUCCGAUCAUUCAUCUCUCCCAACACAAAGGAUAACCUCACCACUAUAGUGGGGAAUGUGGGGUCAGAGGAGGGAGCAGAGCAGGCGAAGCAGGCCCUGCUGAAGGCUGUGGGGAAGGUGACUGACAUUGUUUCCUCUUUGGGCUUCAGCUGGUGGCAGGGAGGACCCCCACACACCCAGACUCUCAAAGACCUGCACUGGGUAAUUGAGACAUUACUUUUUUGCACAUUUGUGUCGUGGAAGACCUUCUUCCCCCUGGUAAGGGACGACUCCAACUGUACCUACACCUUCAUAACAGGAGGAGCAGGAGAAAAGUUGCUGAUGCCUGGUACAGGCUUCCUGACAGUGGGAGCUGCCAGCACCCUGGCCUUCUGCCAGGUACUACGAGAGGAGUACCCAGAGGUGCCCUGUAAACUCAACCAGGUGAAGAUCGACACAGGUGUAGCCACUCCAGAGCGUAUGGCACCUGGUUACCUGAACCACCUGGACCUGGGUGAAGCUGUUGCCACCCUUGUGGAAAGGCGAAACACCUCCCACACCGUCUUCACUGUCAACUGCCCCGCAGAUUUAAAGACUGUCCUUCUGGAGAGGAACCUUUAGACUUGCAAACCCGUCCUCCAGCCCUGCCUUGAUGUCCCGGGGACACAUUUACACUUCUGCUCCUGCUCUUGCUGAACUCUCCACAAACACAUUUACAGUGUCCAUUUGUUUCCCUCUCCCACGACCCUGAACCAUGUCCUUGCACAAGUGUAUGUGAAUUGUAUACUGUUUCAACUAAUACUGUAUAUUCUGCUGCCUGUUCCUAGAUCCUUAGCAACUGUUUUCUCUGCAUGUGCUGUUGUGUGAUGUUUGUAAAAAAAAA